UAAGAGGUGGUAUUUCUCCAAAACAAUUUUAUAUUCAGUUUUGACUUGAUGUUCGCAUCAUAAUGACCGAAAUUUUCGUGUCUUGUAUAAAAUUGUGUACGCGUCCUAAUUUAAUUUGUGAACUUUUUAUUUAUUUUAUAUGUUCUAAAUUAUGUCGUAUGUGUUUAAAAAUCAGUGUUAUAGUGUGCACGAAGAAUCAGAGGAUUCAAAAAAUAUUCCCGAUGGAGAGGAGACUGAAAUAUUCGAAGAAGGAGUAGCGUACAGGGCUGUAAUUUUGGCAAGAAGUGAAGACCGGAAGUAAUUAAUGUCUUUGGAAGUUUUAAAGGAAGGAAAAAUAAUAAAUAAUUUGAAAAUUCCACCAAAAACUGCUUCGAAGAAAAACGAUGUCAUGUCAAGGAGCAAAAAUUCGAAAUAAGGAAAGAAAUGCAGUUCAAAAUAAAGUCAACGACGAAAUAAACAAAUUGAAUUCGAUAUCAACUAUGAUUAGUGCGCAUACAACUUCGAAGGAAAAGGGUAAAUCGAGAAGAAAGAACGAGAAGGACCACGGAAAUCUCAAGAAAAAAUCAACAUUCCAAACAGAUGAGAAUAUUUCAGCUGGGAAAGACGAAAAUUCAGCUCAAGUUCCUAAACCAAGAGUCUCAAAAGGAGGUAAGCCAGAAAGCAAGAAGAAAGAAGCUGAGUUCGACAACCAAGAACAAAGGGAAAUUGCAAGUUCUCAAAGUGAUAAUUCAGAAAAUGAAGAUUCAGAAACUGAAAUUGUUAUCGAGGGUACAGAAGUUUUAGAAUCCAAAAUCGCGGAAGGGCAUGACUCGAACAAAAAUGGAAGGGAAAUUAACGUUAACUCAGGAAAUAAAAUUGCAAAUUUGAGGGGAAAAAAAGGGGUUGAAAUUCUUCAACCAAGUACCUCAAAAGUAACUCAAGAAAUCGUACAGUUUUUAAAGUCACUUGCGUCAUAUGUAGAAGGAAAAUUGGGCAUUAAUACAUCUACAAGUGCAAUAGAAAACCAGCUGCCCAACAUUGAAUCAAAGAAAGUCCAGAUUAUAAAUGACGAAAUUGUUAUCUCAAAGACAAAUGAAAUAGAAUUUACGAGAUUUCAAAAACGACCCGAGGAAAUGGUAAGAAGACUUAUGCUGGAGUUGGUAGGCAAAGAAGAAUUAAAAACAAUGACUGCUCUUGGACACUCAAGAGUCGGUAAACCGGGAAAAGCAAUCCCCGAAAAAGUCCGAAAUGCAGUAUAUAAUUAUGUGAAGACAAAAUCAAAAGGAAUAAUCUAUGAAAAAUAUAUAGACACUUUAAAUAGUCAAUGCUGCACUCUCCGAAAUCCCAGAAAAAGAAUUUACAUCCCAGUAGACAAAUGA